GACGUGAUUACUGUUCGUAGAAACUGAGCGCGCCGGGGACCCUGGCUGAAAACUGUCGAAUCCGUGUUGAAACUGUCGCUCAAAUUCAAAGCCAUGAUGGAUUCCAGCGUGCUAGGGCACAUUUUUGUGUUGCUCUGCAUCAUAGCUGCCUCUCAGGGACAACAAUGUGGGAAAGUGGACGAUAAUCAUCGCUUCGAUUGCCAUCCAGAAUCGGGCGCUUCUCAGCAGAACUGUGUGUGAGGCGCGCGGCUGCUGCUGGGCCCAGGCGAAGUCCAGGCGGAACGACACCGUUGAUCCCGCUCGUGUGAAGCUCGAUGUGCCGUACUGCUACUAUCCUCUUGACUAUCCUGGCUAUGUUAAUGGAGCACAAACCCAAACCAACUAUGGGUUUACUGCAAAUCUCAAAAGAACCACACAGAGCUAUUAUCCUAAGGAUAUCAUGAGUUUAAAGAUGGAUGUUUAUUUUGAAACUGAUGAUCGGCUCCGUGUAAAGAUCUAUGAUCCUAGCCAAGCGAGGUACGAAGUACCGAUAUACACCCCACCCUUCACAUCUCUGCCAUCUAAUCCCAAGUAUAAAGUCGAGCUGUCAGAACAUUUUGGAUUCAACGUGAUCAGGAAGGCCAGCCAAGAAGUAAUAUUUAACACCACCGCCAACCCAGGCUUCAUCUUCUGCGACCAGUUCAUCCAAAUCUCUUCAUCUCUCUCCUCUUCCUACAUCUAUGGGCUUGGUGAGCAUCGGAGUAGUCUAGCCCUGCCGACGGACUGGCAGAGGUUCACCUUCUGGGCCAGAGAUCAGCCUCCAACUCCAAAUGUCAACCUGUAUGGAGUACAUCCAUUUUACAUUAACUUAGAAUCAAAUGGAGAUGCACAUGGUGUCUUUCUUCUCAACAGCAAUGCUAUGGAUGCCAUCCUCCAGCCGGCCCCGGCCAUCACGUACAGGACCGUCGGUGGGAUCCUGGACUUCUACAUCUUCCUUGGUCCUGACCCCAUUGAUGUCAUCCGGCAGUACCAGGAGGUUGUGGGGGUGCCUUUCAUGCCCCCUAUGUGGGCCCUGGGUUUCCAUCUCUGUCGAUGGGGCUAUGGCUCGGCCAACGGCACCAUGGCAGUCGUGGAGAGGAUGCGGCAGGCCAGGAUUCCUCAGGACGUGCAAUGGAACGAUAUUGAGUAUUCAGUCGGAAGAAAGGAUUUUACCUUAAACUCGGCCACCUUUGCUAAUCUACCAGGCUUGAUAGCUGACUUGCAUGCUAAUGGUCUUCACUACAUACCCAUAGUUGAUCCAGCAAUCAGCAGCUCUCAGACUCCAGGUACCUAUCCUCCGUAUGAUACCGGUGUCACUGACGACAUCUUCAUCAAGGCAGACGAUGGAAGUAUCUUUAUUGGAAAGGUGUGGCCCGGAGACACAGCAUUCCCUGACUGGUUCCAUCCCAAUGCAUCGCGCUGGUGGCAAUCCCUUGCACAGAAAUUCCAUGAUACUGUCAACUUUGAUGGCAUGUGGCUGGACAUGAACGAGCCCUCCAACUUUGUGAAUGGUAGAGUUACAGGAGGGCAACCAGGUUGCACCAACAACACUUACGACAACCCUCCGUAUGUACCUGGUGAGUAAAUCAUACAUCGUACAGGGCCGUCACGGAAGAUUCGCAAACUUUGAAUGAGCUGGGCAGAUAGAGGAGGUCAGUUUACCCCUCCAUCAGAUUUGACAUGUGAUUAUUUAUUGCUUCCUGUAUUUUUAUGUUUACCAGUACUCUUGUAUCUGAGAUAUGUUUGGCAGAGUUACAUUGAACAAAGCAGUGCGAGUAUAAAUACUCCUUUUUCAGUGAAGAUGUCACAAGAGUCA